UGGAACACCGAUAGCGGUCAACUGCAAGUUCAAUUUGAAGCUGAACAUUUUGAAUUCUUGACAGACAAAAAGUUUGCGCGUCAUGUUCAUGAAAUUGUUGGGCAGAUCAGUGGAAGAUUUGGAACGCCUACAUCGGUGCCGGUUCAUUUUUUGGAUCAAUCGCUUGACUUUAAUACGUUAUGUGCACUAUACGCCGUGGCUGAUGUGGCACUCAUCACAUCUGUAAUGGACGGAAUGAAUCUCGUAAGCUACGAAUUUGUGGCCUGCCAAGCUUCAAAGAAAGGAGUUUUAGUUCUAAGUGAGUUUGUAGGAGCAGCACAGUCUCUUCGUGCAGGGGCGAUUUUGGUAAAUCCAUGGAAUAUCACAGACGUAGCAUCUUCGAUUCUGUAUGCUCUCAAUAUGCCUUCUGAAGAGAGGGAAAAACGACACAAUCAUAACUUCAUGCAUGUCAUUACUCAUACAUGUAAAAAAUGGGCUAAAACUUUUCUUAGUGAACUUGAUGAUACGGUUGCAGAAGCUAAGCUGAGAACUAAAUAGAUUCCACCUCAGCUUCAAACUGAACUUGCAGUUGACCACUAUCGGUGUUCCAGUAACCGUAUGAUCAUAUUGGGGUUCAAUGAAACGUUAACCAAACCGGUGAAUGCUGAUGGAAUGGCUGAUCAAGUUAAAGAAACGGAACUUAAUCUAUACCCUGAGAUAGAACAGCCUUUAAAGAGGCUUUGUGAUGAUCCAACAUCAACGGUUGUUAUUAUAAGUGGGAGCGAGCGUUGCGUACUCGAAAAGAACUUUGAAGAUUAUAAUGUAUGGCUUGCAGCUGAACAUAGUGUGUUCAUAAGAACAACUGACAAGAAUCGGUCACAAAACUUGACGAAUAAUAUACAUACAGAUUGGAUCGCGAGCAUGAAGCAUGUUUUCGAGUAUUUCACUACGCGAACUCCACGGUCUUACUGUGAGCUUCGCGAGACGUCAAUCGUUUGGAGUUAUAAGUAUUCAGAUUUUGAAUUUAGAAGACGUCAAGCAAAGGACUUGUUGAAUCAUUUGAGGACUGGACGCAUAUCAAAUGCUUCAGUAGACAUUGUUCAAGGCGAGCGGUCUGUUGAGGUUCGAGUCAAUGGUGUCUCAAAGGGUGUAGGAAUACAUGGCAUUUUAGGUCAAGUGAUACGCAACAAAGAUAUUAAGGCUCCAAUCGACUAUGUGCCAUGUGUCAGUCAUUUCCUUCCAAAGCAGCCCCAACCCACUCAAGUUUAGGGAGUCCCGUUGACGAGCAGUCUCCAAAUCGUUCAGAAGAAGAAACCAAAGCCGACGACCAUUCAGUUAUAGCUUCAGAUAGUGACAAUAGCUGCUGCCCUGUGAAUAGAAACAGGACGUCGUUCACAAGGUCUCAACUGAUGGUAUCACUACUGUCAUUAUUUUUGUAACAAUUUCUUAUAAAUAACCGGAAUGCUUCGUAUUCGAAUCCAGCCUUGAAUACAGUUAAAACAUUUACUUACAGAUUAUACCUUACUAUUAUUAUUCUUGACUAUUAUCACUUGGUUUAUAAGUCAUGACUAGUUUGAAACAAA